CUGUAACAUCAUUUGAUAGAUGAUAUUAACAUUGUUACUACUCAUAUAGAAAAUAAAUGCAGAUUGUAUUGCUAAUCAAUAUUUGACAUUUCCCAAAUAAGCUGAAUUAGUUUAUGUAAACUUCUUUAUCAUAAUGAAUAGGCAGUUAAGAGGAUCACCAUAAAAUUAGAGGGAGAAUAUAUAAUUGGCUAUGGAGAUGAAUACGAAGUCAGAGACAAAUCAAAAAUAUCACUUAAGCAGGUACCAUAGGGGAUAAUUUUUGCACCUUCGAAUUUCGAAAUUUAUUGUCCAGCAGUCCACAUAUUAUCUAGAAAGGAUAGCAUUAAAUGUGAAAUCUAGUUGAAUAUGGACUAAGUGGAUAUUGAUGAAACAGAUCCAACUAAAACUCCACAGAAAGCUAAAUUUGUCAUUCCAAUAGAAGUAGAUAAAGAUAUUAAAUCGAAUCCAGUUUUUGAAAUAGAAAAUAACUUUUAGAUGAGAUUGAUGGAUUUGGCAGGAUAACUAGAAAAAUUAGCUUAUUAUCUAGAAUAUGAGAAUUGUGACAUUUUAGUGUAUAUUAUCCCUAAGCCUUUGUCAAUAUCCACAGAUUAAGUAACACUACUGCAAAAAUAUUCGAAAUCCAUACCUGAAGGAGCUACCGUAGAAGAAAUAGAAGAAUCUAAUAAAGGAGAGUUGUAUGUUGAAAACCUGUCCCUUGAUACUAAUUCAAGUACUCAUCAUUACGGUUUAAUCGCAAUUGUAAUCGGAGUCAUCGCUCUGGCAGCCAUCAGAGCAUUUAGGUAUAUAUUACUAUUAAUUAUAUAAGUAAAAAGAAAGAGCAAUAGAACAAUCCUGAUUAACAACCAUUAAAUUAACAGGAACUUCAAAACUUAAAUUGA